CUGACGGCCAGACAUCCCAUUCACACUGUAAGUUAGCUAGCAGUAUCAGCUAAUCGAAUCACAGGACUGUACUUGAGAUACGUUAAUGCGUCUGUCUUCUGACGAGCCAUAGCCGGUUGUCUUCGUUUGUGUGCGGAUUAACGUUAAUUCGAGCGUUAUUUCAAGAAAGGAGAGACUACUCGUCGUGUCAAGUGGCUGCGAUGAUUUGGACCAAGGAUUUCAUCUUGGUGUCGCUUUUUAUUGUCACCGCAGCAGUUGCGCUGCAGGUGAACAUCAUGCCGCCACAAGGAGAGGUCAGCAUUGGAGAUGGCAGAUUCUUCAUCUGCGAGGUGGACGGCGGUGCGAAGGAGAUCGAGUGGUUCUCUCCGUCGGGCCAGCGCAUCGAGAUGUCGUCGGACAUCACGGUGAACCGAGUGGAUGAGGCCACCUCCUCGCUCACCAUCUACCGCGCCACCCUGGCCAACGCCGGAACCUACCGCUGCGUGGGGCGCCGCGGCGCAGAGGAGGGAGAGGCCACCGUCAACCUCAAGAUCUUCCAAAAGAUCACGUUCAAGCGUGUGCCGUCGCCGCAGGAGUUUAACGAGGGGGAAGAUGCCAGCAUCGCCUGCGAGGUGGAGAGCAUCCCGGCAGCUCACAUCUCAUGGAAAUACAACAAGGCAUCCAUACAGCCCAAGAAGGACGUGCGCUUCAAGAUCCAGCCGGACCACCUGCAGAUCCGGGGCAUCAGGAAGACUGACGAGGGCGUGUACACCUGCAUGGCCCGCAUCCUGGAGCGCGGAGAGAUCGACUACAAGGACAUCCGGGUGGUCAUCAACGUGGUGCCAACCAUCAGGGUGCGUCAUGUGGAGGUGAAUGCUACAGGGGAGGCGGGUCACUCUACAGUGCUGGCCUGCGACGCAGACGGAUACCCAGAACCACAAGUCUCCUGGAUCAGGAGUGGGGAGACCUUGGAGGAGGGCGACAAGUACAGCUUUAACGACGACGGCUCUGAGAUGACCAUCCGGGAGGUCAACAAGCUGGACGAGGGCGAGUACACCUGCAGAGCCACCAACAAGGCCGGGGAGAGCGAACAGGAGCUCAGCCUCAGAGUCUUUGUGAAGCCCAAGAUCACCUUCCUGGAGAACCAGACGGCCACGGAGAUGCAGGAGCAGGUGACGCUCACCUGUGACGCCACGGGAGACCCCACCCCCACCAUCACCUGGAGCUUCGGCCAGCGGGUCUUCACCGAGGGGGAACAGGCAUCUUGGACUCGGCCAGAGCAGCAUAAGAGUUCGGACGGUAACGUGGUGGUGAGGAGUGAUGCGCGUGUGUCGUCUCUGACACUGAAGUACGCCCAGUACACUGAUGCCGGCCAGUACGUCUGCACCGCACGCAACGCCAUCGGACACGACACGCAGACCAUGCACCUGGAAGUCAGAUAUGCCCCGAAGAUUCUGGGUGCGGUGACGGUGUACACGUGGGAGGGCAACCCGGCCAACAUCAGCUGUGAGGUGCAAGCCCACCCCAGCGACGUCGCCCUCUACUGGCUCCGCGACGGACUGCAGCUGCCCUCGCCCAACACCACCAACAUCCGUAUAUUCAAUACGCCCAGCGCCAGCUACCUAGAGGUGACUCCAGAGUCCCAAAACGACUUUGGCAGCUACAACUGCACUGCCUCCAACGAGAUCGGCACAGAGUCCAAAGAGUUCAUCCUCAUUCAGGCCGAUGUGCCCUCGUCUCCUAUGAUCGAGCUGGUGGAGCCCUACUCCAGCACAGCCAAGGUGGAGUUCCUGGCCCCGGAGUCCUCGGGGGGCGUAGCUAUCCUCAAGUACCACGCCCAGUGGAGGGUGGAGGGGCACGGCAAGUGGGAGGAGAAAGUCUACGAUGCCAAAAACGCGGAGGUGAGCAGUAUCACCAUCUUCCAUUUGAAGCCGGCCACACACUACGAGGUCAAGAUGUCCGCCGUCAAUGGCAAGGGGGAGGGGGAGAGCAGCCUGCCCACCGUCUUCAAGACCGAGCCUGUCCGAGAGCCCAGUGCUCCUAAGCUGAAGGGAGCUCUUCAGCCUCAGGGCAACUCCUACAAGGUCAACUGGAUCAAACAGGACGACGGCGGCUCACCCAUCACACACUACCUGGUCAGGUAUAAAGCGUUGUCAGCACAGGAGUGGCACCAGGAGAUGCGUAUGCCGGGGGGCAGUGACUACGCGCUGCUGAACGGCCUGACCUGGGACACGGAGUACGAGGUGGCCGUCUUCGCCGGCAACAUCCAGGGCAAGUCACCCCCCGCCCAGCUGACAUUCAAGACCAGCGCACAGCCCGCCGCCACCUCAGACUCCAUGUCGGAGGGCACUCCCCUAACGACGGGCGUGAUCGUGGGCAUCCUGGUGGUGGUGUUUGUGCUGCUGCUGGUUGCCGUGGACGCCACCUGUUACUUCCUAAACCGCUGCGGACUGCUCAUGUGCAUCGCCGUCAACGUGUGCGGCAAGAGCGGCCCGGGGAGCAAGGGCAAGGACAUCGAGCAGGGCAAGGCCGCCUUCAUUAAAGACGAGUCUAAUCAGCCAAUAGUAGAGAUGCGGACCGAGGAGGAGCCCACAGCCAAUCACGAUGCAGGAGGCCACACCGAGCCCAACGAGACCACACCCCUCACUGAGCCAGAGAAGGGUGUGCUGGAAGAGUCCAAGCUGAUUGAGGACGGGGACGUGAAGAAGGCCCCCACGCAAGCCAACAGCACCGAGAGCACAGCAUGAUCAGACACACACACACACACACACACACACACACACACACACACACACACACACACACACACACACACACACUAAACCCCCAACACACACACACACACACACACACACUCACACUCAAUAAACCCCCAACACACACACACACACACACACACACACACACACACACACACACACACACACACACACACACACUAGCCCCCCAACACACACACAGACACACGCACGCACGCACGCAAACACAUACACACACGUGCGCGACCGCGUUCUCUGCAGCCUACCUGGGCAGCAGAGUGUGUCGUCUGUCUCCAGUGCCCUUAAAGCUGUUACAUGCCCAAACAACCCUCAUCUCAAAGUGUGUGUGAGAGCGAGAAAGAGAGUGUGUGUGUGUGUGUGUGUG